AUGGCUCAGCUGGCUCAGGUGAUGACCCAGCAGGCUGCCACUGCUGCUGCCCAAGCCGCGGCGCAGCUUCAACGGGAAGCUGAAGAGAACACCGGGAGAGCUGAGGAAGAUGCCAGAAGGGCACAACGGGCUGAGAGGGAGCUGGCACAGGACCAGAUCCGCAUGAGAAAUGAUUUCAAUCGUCAUGGACCACCUAAGUUCCAAGGCGAAGUUGAGCCCGAGAAAGCUGAUCUUUGGAUUCAGGAAAUGGAGAAAAUCUUUGAGGCUCUCCACACACCUGACGCUGAGAAGGUGAACUUGGCGACCUUUAUGCUGAAGGGUGACGCUGAGUACUGGUGGCGGAGCGCCAGACAGCUGAUGACUGCCAACAAUGUGGCCAUCACUUGGGAGUCUUUCAAAAGGGCUUUCAUGGAGAAGUACUUUCCGGAGACUGCCAGGCAAGACAUGGAGAAUCAAUUCCUCAACCUGAGACAGGGGUUGAUGACCGUAGGGGAAUAUGCUGCAAGACUGGAGACCCUGUCCAAACACUUUCGCUUUUUCCAAGUGCAAGUGGAUGAAUCAUACCUAUGCAACCGAUUCAUGAGAGGUUUGAGGAAUGACAUUGAAGAAUCUGUGAGGCCAUUGGGAAUCAGAGUCUUCCGACAACUGGUCGAGAAAGCUCGUGAAGUGGAGUCGAUGAAGAAUCGUCAGAGGGGCAAGUAUGACAGCGGAGGUCUGAUCCGUUCUGGGCAGAGGCCGACCGGAAGGUUUGAGGGACAGAGGCAUGCUGGUAGGUUUGACGGGGGCAAGGCUCCGAUGAGGAAGCCUUACCAACGCCCUACUGACAGGGUACCAUUUGCUGGAAGGAAUGUGGCACGUGCUCCUAGGGACGAUGUCGUCUGUUACAAGUGCAACCAGAAGGGACACUACUCGAAUGAAUGA